UUUAGUUUUGAAAAUUAGUUUUAGCAUUUAAUAGCUUCAGUAAGUUAUAUAGUUAUCUAUAUUUUGUCCAGGCCAAUCAACAAGUCUCCCUACAUAAAGGUAAGUGGUCAAGGAGUAGAGUUGGGGACCUCUCUUUGUGUCUCUCUCUUUCCUCUUCUACGCAAGUUCUCUACAUAGUUUUGUAACCUCACAUCUUUUUCUUCCCUAGCAUUCUCCAAUUUUUCAGUUUCUCUCUAAUAUUUGUGUUCAUCUUUUUCCAAUACUAAUGGAUAACACAAACCGUCUUCGCCGCCUUCAGGGUCGUAAGCAACCCAAGUUCACUCAUAACUCCGAAGAAGUGUGUAGUAUGAAAUGGGAGUUUAUCAAUAUGACCGAACAAGAAGAAGAUCUCAUCUUUAGAAUGUACAGACUUGUUGGUGACAGGUGGGAUUUAAUAGCAAGAAGAGUGGUGGGACGUGAGGCAAUGGAGAUAGAGAGAUAUUGGAUUAUGAGAAACUCCGACUUUUUCUCCCAAAAAUGACGCAAACGUCACUCUCUUUAACAUGUUUCUCUAUUUCUCAUCCUCAUCAAUUUCUGUUAUUAUGGACAAGAAAAGCUUUGAGGAAAAAAAAAAAAAAAAAGGACAAGAAAAGCUUUAGAGCCUGAUUGGUAACAGCUGUAGCUUUACAUUUUUUGCUGUAGAUAUAUGACUGUAGGUUUAUUUGCUAUGGCUGUAGAUUUUAUUGCUGUAGAAUUUUGGCUGUAGAAUUUAAAAUUUUGGAAA